AUGAAGAAGGAGGUGUGCUCAGUGGCCUUCUUCAAGGCCGUGUUUGCGGAGUUCCUGGCCACCCUCAUCUUCGUCUUCUUUGGCCUGGGCUCGGCACUCAAGUGGCCCUCGGCGCUGCCCUCCAUUCUGCAGAUCUCCAUCGCUUUUGGCCUGGCCAUAGGUACCCUGGCUCAAGCUCUGGGGCCUGUGAGCGGUGGCCACAUCAAUCCGGCCAUUACUCUGGCCCUCUUAGUAGGCAACCAGAUCUCGCUGCUUCGUGCUAUCUUCUACGUGGCAGCCCAGCUGGUGGGCGCCAUUGCUGGGGCAGGCAUCCUCUACUGGUUGGCGCCAAUCAAUGCCCGGGGCAACCUGGCCGUCAAUGCGCUCAGCAACAGCACAACACCUGGCAAGGCCACAGUGGUGGAGCUGAUCUUGACCUUCCAGCUGGCUCUCUGCAUCUUCUCCUCCACUGACUCCCGCCGUACCAGCCCAGUGGGCUCCCCAGCUUUAUCCAUCGGCCUGUCUGUCACACUGGGCCACCUUGUGGGGAUCUACUUCACCGGCUGUUCCAUGAACCCAGCCCGUUCCUUCGGUCCCGCGGUGGUCAUGGAUCGGUUCAGCCCCUCUCACUGGGUCUUCUGGGUGGGGCCGAUUGUGGGGGCCGUCCUGGCUGCCAUCCUCUACUUCUACCUGCUUUUCCCCUCCUCCCUGAGCCUCAGCGAUCGUGUGGCCGUCGUCAAAGGCACGUACGAGCCGGACGAGGACUGGGAAGAGCAUCGGGAAGAGCGGAAAAAGACCAUAGAGCUGACGGCACACUGA